UCAUCAUAAUAUUUGCAGGCGGGAAGCUGUAACACAACUACAAAUCAGAGUGUAGUGUCCAGUGUCCAGUCCCCAGUCCUCUGACAAUGUCCCGCAUCCUGAACGGUAUCGUGGCGGUGUGUCCCGACCUGGGUAUCGGGAUGAAUGGGAACCUGCCCUGGCACCCCGUUAGACUCGGUAACGAAUUCAAACACUUCCGAACAAUGACAGCGACUCCGUCUGUGAAAGGCAAGCAGAAUGUGGUGAUCAUGGGCAGGAAGACAUGGUUUUCCAUCCCAGAGAAGAACAGGCCUCUGAACAACAGGAUCAACAUCGUCCUCAGCAGGGAGUGCAAAGUGCCCCCUGCAGGAGCACACCACCUGGCAGCAGACUUCAACUCGGCACUGAGGCUGGUCGAGACGGAGUUGGCGGACCAGGCUGACCAGGUCUGGGUUAUAGGAGGCAGCUCUCUUUACAAGGAGUUGAUGGAGAGCCCGGGGACCAGGAGAUUGUUCGUCACAAGAAUCCUGAAGCAGUUUGAGUGUGACACGUUCCUCCCUGAAAUCUGUCCAGACAAAUAUCAGCUGCUGCCAGAGUUUCCAGGAGUGUCACAAGAGCUGCAGGAGGAGAAUGGUAUCCAAUACAGAUUUGAAGUCUAUGAGAGCACCGAGCAGUGAAGAGGAAUUCCAAAAAAAUUGUAAAUGGGCACCAGAACAAUGUAAAUGCUGGACUUGGUGAUUUUUAAAAAGUUAUUUGUACAGUUGAGUCAUUCUAAGUUGUUAUGUUUUUUCUUUUUCUCAGAGUUGAAAUGAACAUGACAUUUCAGUUGCAAAAAUUCCUACUGUAGUUAUUCACAGGUGGGGGAACCCCUCUAUUUAUGAAAAAAAAAAAAAAGGUUUAUCCUUAAAGGAGCCUAUUAUGCUCUGCUAAACCAAGGAAAAACAUAAUACCUCAGCUUUAAUAUGAUCACAUAUUUUGUCUGGCAGUUUUAGACAUAACAACCAGCUGAAUCCUUCCUUUCUGAUGAAGUGCACAAACCACACAAGGUAACAAUUUUGGCCAAGUUUUCUUCUGAUCAUGAUGGCCAUUUCAGCUCAGGUUUUGCUACAUGAUGCUUCAUCUCAGCCCAUCUGCCAGUUAUUUGUAAUGGAUAAACACUUUGAACUGAUGCACAUAUCCAGGUAGUUACAAGACUUACAAGACAACAGACAUUGAUUUUUUGAUUCCCUCUGACCUUAAUUAAUGAUGAUGGAUGCUUUUAGUUUUUUCUUUAAUCGCCCAAUGCACUGCUGUAGAUGGGGUAGCAAUAAAACAUAUUAAUGUUAAUAAUGUGUGUUUCAUCAAGUACUAGUUGGGUCUACUGUGAUCUACAGUGCGUCAUCUACACAAGGUUUAGUGUCAAAAAAAGGUUUUAUAUAUAUAACUAAAUAAAACUGACAAAAGUU